GCCAGGUUUCUGUCAAACACAGCACAUCUAGGUUAUGAUCAAUGAUCAUAUCAUUUACAAAAAGCGCUUUUGUAGAGAGGGACCUGAUAUUCAAAAGGCCAAGUUUUAUCAUUUGUUUCUCUGUAUUAUGUAAGUUUUUUAUUUGUUGAACGUUGAUUAGAUUGUUACUCUUAAAUUGGUUUGGACGUCUUUUGUAUUGUCUAGCUCGGGGAACAGACACAGUCUCUAUAGCAUGAUAUCUAGUUGAAAGGGUCUCUGUGUGCUGAGAAUUAACUGAUUCUGAUGACGUGAGGCAGCUAGCAGACGGUCGGAUUAGCCAGUCUGUCAGCUUGAUCACCUUCUGUUGCCUUUGUUUUGAAUUUCCUCAGAACACGACAAACUACAGAAUGAGAACAGGAUGAAAAAACAAGAACAUGAUGAACUACAGAAAGAGAUACAAGCGAUACAACAAGAACAUGAUCAACUACAGGAGGAGAAGGACACAAUACAAAAAGAAUACAAUGAAUAUUUACAGAAUGAGACCAAGAGAAUAGCACAAGAACGUGAUCAACUACAGGAAGAGGCGAAAAGAAUACAAGAAGAAUUUUCUUCAGAACGUGAUCAACUACAGGAAGAGUCCAAGAAAAAAAAACAAGAACUUGAUCUACUACAGGUGACGAAGGAAAUACAAGAAGAUCCCUCAGAGAUGCAUCCUGAUAUCAGCAGGGCGGCCGUGUUCGGGCUUCAGUUUUUAAAUCUUGUGCUCCCCAAGGACAAAAAAACCAACAAGGGAAAAACAACAAAGAAGUGAGCAGGUGAAGAAGUGAACAAGUAGUAAUAAGGCCAUUAACAGUCUGAGUGUGGAGCCUGGGGUGUGGAUUAUGAGGAGGGUUUGGCCUCCUUUUGUGAUGAGUUCAUCUUACACUGGUCAGUCUUUUGAUAAGAAACUUCAUCAUAAAUAUGUCUGUAUUAGUUAUGUGCCUCAUAUAGCUUUUGACUGUUGACAUAAAUUCUGAUCCACUUUUGGGCAGGAAGUUUUUUUUUCUGCUCAUUUAGACAGGAAGAGACCAUCUGGCAUGUAGAGCAGUUUGUCCUUUUGACAUUUAGAGGUGUGUGAAUCUGAAAUUGAUGGUGCUACAAUAAUAAACCGAUGUUUAACAAGGAAGCUCAUUCAAAAUGCUUGUGAACUACUCUUGUGUGCUUCUAAUGAUCAUUUAAUGUUGUCUGUGACUGUUCUGUUGUAUCUGGUCUCUGUUAUACAGCAUUACUGUGUCUGUAUUAUACUGUAUCUUUAGAUUGUAUUUAAGAGACAUUCUGUAAAUAUCUCUGUUCAGAUCAAGGUUAUUUGAGUGCCACACUUUAUACAAGACAUCUUUCAUUUUAACACUUACUUUAUACUGCAGAUGUAAUCCAUCAUAAAUAACGUCUUUUUUUUUUUCUUUUUUUUUUUAACUUCUCAUUGCUAAAUACUGUUUAGUCUCAUUUUAGUGCUUCAUUGUCCUUAAAGAAAUAAUUUACCCUAAAAUGAAAAAUCUGUCAUGUACCUGUCACUCUUGUGUUCUUCCAAACCCAUAUGACUUUCUUUUCAAUGUGGGAAAUAAAAGAUGUUAAGCUGAAUCAGUUACCAUUCACUUUCAUUGUAUGGGGAAAAAAAUGCAAGUAGAUGAUUUAUGAUGUAUCUUCAUAUAUUUUCAUUAUGACGUAUAUUUUAUUCAUUUAU